AUGUCGUACCGCUUCCUUGCCACGUGGCUCGUCGCCCUUUCUGCGCUGACUUUGCGUCCCAGCGCGUUCGCGGAGGACGAACUCGCACUGCUGGCCGGUUUGACGCCCUGCGAGCUCGUGAAGCACUACGACUACGCGUGCGAGGUCAGCUACACUACCACGGACGACGGCUACGUGCUCGAAGUGGACAGGAUUCGACGCGGCCGUGACCCAGGUGCAUCCCCGACCCGGGCCGAGGAUGGAGAUGGACGUCGCCGCCCCCCCGUCCUGUUCCUGCCCAGCUUCCUGGCCGCCUCUGAUAUGUGGUUCCUCAAUUAUCCUUGGCAGAGCCCAGGUUUCCUUUUCGUCGACGCCGGUUUCGACGUGUGGGCAAUGAACUCGAGGGAGUCGAACCCGUACUCCUACCACAAGACGCUGUCGAAAGGCGACCCAGAGUACUGGCGAUGGAGCUUCGACGAGAUUGGGCGUCACGACGUGGCUGCCGGUAUCGACCACGUGCUCAACGCGACCGGCGCAUCGAAAGUGACGCUGUUGUCUCUCUCCCAGGGUGUGACCAUCGCUCUGGUGCUGCUUUCGACCCGGCCGGAGUACAACGACAAGCGCUAA